AGUCUAUCGACAGGGUGUGUUUGAUUUUAACAACAAUUUUAUUUUAAGGGCCAGGCAAACAGCUAAGUAGCCAGCUAGCCAUUCUACUAGAGUAUUAGCUAAUUUCACAAGUAUAUUCAUCAGAAACAUGAACGGCCACGAUAACUCCAUCAUUGAUGACUGCUUCCUGUUCACUUCCGAGUCAGUCGGUGAAGGACACCCUGAUAAGAUUUGCGACCAGAUCAGCGAUGCCGUAUUGGACGCUCAUCUCAAGCAGGACCCCAACGCUAAGGUCGCCUGUGAAACUGUGGCUAAGACCGGAAUGAUCUUGCUUGCCGGGGAGAUCACCUCCUCUGCCAAUGUCGAUUACCAGAGGGUUGUUAGAGAAGCCAUAAAGCAAAUUGGCUAUGAUGACUCCUCCAAAGGGUUCGACUACAAGACCUGCAACGUCCUUGUGGCCCUGGAGCAGCAGUCCCCUGAUAUCGCGCAGGGCGUCCACCUGGACCGCAACGAGGAAGACAUCGGUGCUGGAGACCAGGGUUUGAUGUUUGGCUACGCCACUGACGAGACGGAGGAGUGUAUGCCCCUGACCAUCAUCCUGGCACACAAGCUGAACGCUAAAAUGGCUGAGCUGCGUCGCAACGGAUCUCUGCCAUGGCUGAGGCCGGACUCCAAAACUCAGGUCACUGUGCAGUACCGUCAGGACCGCGGCACCAUGAUCCCCUUGCGUGUGCACACUGUGGUGGUGUCUGUGCAGCACGAUGAGUUCAUUAACCUGGACGAGAUGCGUGACGCACUAAAGGAGAAGGUCGUUAAGGCAGUGGUGCCCAGUCAGUACCUGGACGACGACACUAUUUAUCACAUGCAGCCCAGUGGGCGCUUCGUCAUUGGAGGACCACAGGGUGACGCUGGUCUGACCGGACGUAAGAUCAUCGUGGACACGUAUGGAGGCUGGGGAGCUCACGGGGGUGGCGCGUUCUCCGGGAAGGACUACACUAAAGUGGACCGCUCCGCCGCCUACGCUGCCCGCUGGGUCGCCAAGUCUCUGGUGAAGGCGGGCCUUUGCAAACGCGUCCUUGUGCAGCUAUCUUAUGCCAUCGGCGUGGCGCAUCCUCUCUCCGUGUCCAUCUUCCACUACGGCACCUCCGAGAAGAGUGAGAAGGAACUGCUGGAAAUAGUGAGGAAGAACUUUGACCUCCGGCCUGGGGUCAUUGUCAGAGACCUGGACCUGAAGAAGCCGAUCUAUCAGCGCACCGCCGUGUACGGCCACUUCGGCCGCGAUUCCUUCUCGUGGGAGGUGCCGAAGAAGCUUCACUACUAAACCUGUAACGGCUUCUCCUUUCGGUCAGCAGGUGUACACUACAGAGAAACCUUGCUGCUUUGAGGAGAAGGAUGUAUCCUCAUGCCUAACCUUAGACCCCCUUCCUUAAAAUCAAAUUAUCCCAAAGAUAGAUGAAUGAAUACGUCCUCCCUCCUUUCGCUUGCACCCGCUUUCAACACUUGUUGACCACCUUAGGAAGGUCCGUCUCGUGACCGCUUGCAUAUAUACUUUUUUUUUUUUUUUUUUUUUUUUACCCUUUCUGUCCCAUACUUCUCCUCCUUUCCUCUCCUGCAUCCUGCUGAAGUUAUAAUGGUACAAAUUGAUAUUUUAAAUGCAGAUUGCUAUGCAUUUCCACAUGAAGCACUGAAGCCAAUCACAUCUUGUUUUUGUUUUUCUUCCCCCCUGCAAGUACCAUUUGUGACAGCAUUUUUUUUUUCUUAAGCGACGCAUUUCAGUCAAUAUCGUGCUAAAAACUUGAUCAGUGAAAUGUUGAACAAUCUGAAUGCCAGCUUUGGGUGGAAUCAAAGUAUAACUCUAAAAGACCUGGUUCGAUUAGAGAACAUGCAUAAUAUAUAUUUUAUUACGUGACACGGUGUUAUUUUUUUCAGAAAUCUGUUGACUUCUCAGUCCUUGCAGGCCAUAUUUAUUCUGGUGUGUUACAGAGAAGCCAGAAGCUGCUACCAACUGUGGCUCUGAAGGACUGUGAGAUUCUUAACUCCGCCCUCUUCUGCUUAUUUCUAAGAUUAUUUUUAUAAAGUUAAAUUUUAUCUCGGUAGCUCUGUUGGCAGUUUAUUUUUUUAUUAUUAUUAUUUUUUUCCUAGACCAAGGUGAAGUCACUGCACUUCCCCCUCUGCGCGCGGUCGAUAGUCGGCGUAGUUACAGAGAAGCUGAUCUCCCUCGCCGCCACAGAGGGGUCGACUUCACCACUUGAAUUGCACCAGUUUUCAAGCCCUGCUGUCCGUACGGAAGUAGUCAGGGAGCCGUAGAGCACUGGAAAGUUGUUCCUUUUUGUAUGGGGGAAACUUUUUAAAGGAUGAUCCUGCGCGGCAGUGUAGCUGGACGCCCCAGUGUCUCACCCUGCGGCAUCCUCAUGGCAUCGUACAGAAAAGCUCUGAGGCUCUGACGCCGGGUGGCUCUGGAAGCUGUGACCAUUGUUGCCUGUCUUAUCUUAUUAGAUUUACUUGAUUGACUGCAAAUGAAGAGGGAUUAACCAUACUGUACACGCACACAAAGUAUUUUAUUACAUAUUGGAUGACCUGCCCUGCACCCGAGGCGGAAGCAAGAGUUUGGCCAGUGUUGUACAGAGAAACUGGCCUUGUUUACGUUGCUCUGCUCGGGAGCGGUCAGAGUCCUUUACAUUUUUUUUUUUUAUUAUUAUUUAAAUUCCAGCCAUAGGUGCACCAGACUGGUUACUGGAAGAGCAAAAGUGCCUUUUUCUGGUCUGUUUUUUCUUCCCCUCUCUCUCCAUCCAUGCCCCACUCCUUUUUUUUUUUUUUUUUUUUUUUCCCCCCCCUUCCAUCUGCUCUGUCCACCAGAAUUUCUCCCUCUGAGAUGUAUGCACCUGCAGCUAUUCCUAAAUUUGUUUUUUUUUUUUUUUAUUCCAUCCCCCCACCAUCCCUACUUUUCCCAAAUGUUGAUACUGUCUCCUGAUUGAUUAAAUAAAACGUCUGCUCCCAUGUCCUGA